AUGGCGACCGGCGGACUGUCUGUGCCAACCAAACUUGUACUGAGGGGAGAUACGGAUGAAGCUUGGAAGAAUUUCAAGCAGAAGUUUAACCUCUACAUGUUAGCAGCUGGUUACAAGACAAGAACACAGGAGGAGAAAGUCGCAAUAUUACUGACGAAAUUUGACAGUCAUUUUGCCCCAAGAGAGAAUACAUUAAUAUCAGGAUACAAAUAUAGAAGAUGCCAACAAUCGGCAGACAUGACCAUCGAUACCUUCAUCACGAAACUCAAGAACAUGGUGAAAGAUUGUGGAUAUGGUGACAAGACAGAAGAACACCUUUGUGAUCAGCUGGUAUUUGGAUGCAGAGAUGAAGCUCUAAGAGAGAAAUUCUUUAAAGAAGAGACCCUUUCAUUCAAUGAUGCAAUGAAGAUUUGUGUUGCACACCAAGCUACACAGAAGCAGAUGUCAUUAUUUCAAGAAGGAAAUAGUGAAGUAAUAAACAGAGUGAAUGAAGCACCAAAGAAAAUAAUCAAGAAAAGGAUUAUCGGCUCCUCAGAAGGUGAGAAGAAGCUGAAAGAAUGCAAGUUCUGCGGCAAAACUCAUCCAUGGAAGAAGCAACUCUGUCCAGCGUAUGACAAGACCUGCAGUAAGUGUGGUAAUGAAAAUCACUUUGCACAGGUAUGUAAGUCAAAAGUGAAGCACAAAGAAUUUGCUGCUAAGAAAAAAAUCCAUAAUGUUGCUGAAGAUGACAGUAGUGAACCAGAUGAUGAGGACAAGCAGUAUAUUAGGCAAAUCAAGCAAUGUUCUAAAGAAAAUUUUGUAUUAACUGAGUUCAAAGUAGGAUCUAACAGUGUACAAUUUCAAUUAGAUUCUGGUGCCAGUGUAAAUGUAAUUCCAAGAAAGCUGAUACCUAAGACAAAUCUGAUGAAGACAGAUGCAGUUUUGUGUAUGUGGAAUGCUACAAACAUUUAUCCGUUAGGAGAACGUAGAAUAGAUAUAAAGAAUUGUAGUAAUGGAAAGAAAUAUUCUGUCAACUUUAUUGUAGUAGAGCAAGAUUUCACACCAAUUUUAGGUAAGAGAGCAUGUGAGCAGAUGGAUCUCAUCAAG